GCUGCAAGUGAUAACUUCCGGGAAUCCCAAAGCAGACACAAUUUUCCAUAUGUAUCUCGUGCUAUAUUCUAAUUUUGUUGCAGGAAUAAAACCUGAAAAGCAAACCUAUUGGACUUACUUGUUCCAGACAACAAACGAGAGAAUUAAAUCUUUGGGCGAUGACGUCACCACGCAGGUACUGCGUACGCCUACCACACCUGUCAUGCUAACUUUUUAUCACUUCCGCCUAUGACGAACGAUUAAAAACACAAACCAAGUUUGCACUUUUCUCUACCUAAUUCGACUCACUUUGGCGUGUGUGGGUGGACGAACGAGGGGAAAUUAAAAUGAUGCUACUGUGAACGUGGAGGACGUGUUUUUGACGGCCUUACAACUUUGCAUUCAUAGACAAUUUUGCAAUUUUACCUCGACUCUUUGAAGAGGACUAAACAUGUCUGGCCCAUUGUCCGACGAGGAACUUCUGCUUCUGCCAGUCGGCCCGAUUGGACCAAGCCAGUUGAUGGGAGGUAACAGGAUUGCAGAAGAAGAUUUGAAAGAAGAUGAUGAAGAAAAAGUAAAAAUAGAGGAAGAGGUGGUUCCAGGAGCCAGCGAUGUCACCUUGCCAUGGCCUGGCGACAGGGACAAGAGCGAGGACAGGGACAAGAAGAGCGAGGACACAGACUGCGUCUCGUCGGGGGUUUGCAUGUCCGACACCGAGGAAAAAGAUGAGGUGCUGAGCAAAUCCAAGUGGCGCGAGAGCAUGCCCGAGGGUGACAAGUGGCGAGAUGAUCUGGUUCCGUCGCCGAGAGACAGCAAAGGAGAUGGAUCGCUGGCCGAUGAUGAACACGAGGAAGAAGAAACGUCCAAUUGGGUCUCGGAGAAAGGUACCACGGGUUUCACUCCUCAGGUGAAAAUAGUGCGCCGCCAGUCCAGUGAGGUUGUCCCCCAAGAGGGCAAACUGGACGUGGCCAUAGAUGAUCAUGAUAAGGAGAACCCGAGGGAGUCGCAAAUGGCGCCAAUUUAUAUCUGGGAUGAACAGCCAGACACCUUGUGCAGCGAGAAGCUGAAGCUGGCCUUGUGGACGGCAUCAGCGGCGCUGGUGUUUCCUUUCUUGGUAUGGGGUGGGUACGCACUCCUGCCCUUUGAAUCCCCACUGAUGGGCAGCGCCCCCCACAGGGUGGUGUACACACUGCGAUGCGCCAUCUUCGCCUCAGUGCCCAUAUUGCUUGGCGUGCUGGUGCACGGCGUGGCCAGGGUUCGCUAUGGCGAGGUGACCCCUUCCUUCCAGAACAAAGCGCCAAACAGGAAAGUGUCAGUGCACAGACAUUACGUCAGCCAAUCGGUGGGACUCUUCCUCUUCUACUUCCUCCAGCUGGCUAUCUUGGCGUCCUACCUUAGCCACAAUCUUGUCAAAAUAGUGCCGCUGCUCACCAUCAUCUUUGUUUUUGGAAGGUUGAUCUACUGGCUGUGCUUGUCGCUGGGCAGCAGCGCCCGAGGCCUUGGUUUUGGUCUGUCCUUUUUCCCUAUGUUGGUCAUGCUGGCCGCCAACCUCUACUUUGUCUGCUCCUCGACGGGGACAGAUGCUGUUUUUGACGUGGGGCCGCCUAUCACGGCCUCUCCGCCCCAGCAGCGUUGGUGGGGCUGAGUACUAACAAAAGCAUAAUGUUAAUAUAUGCCACCCCAAACUCGCAUUAGACUGGAUUGAAUAUCGAUUUCUUGCAAAUUACUCAACGACACUGUACAUCUUAACAGCAACUGUAAAUAAAUCUUUUUAUGAGGUUGAA